CUGCAUGUGGCUUCCCCUCUCCCUGGCCCCGUGACUCAGUCCCUCUGAGGGAACCAGCCCUCUUCUUGGCACACAGGAGCUAGGUGGUGACAUCAGAGUUGAGGAGUAUAAAAGUUCUCAACCAAAAUAGAAUUGAAGAUACAACCUGACAGUGGCCUGUGACAGGGGCCUCUCCGCCUGAUAGCCACGAAUAUCUGGGGGCAAACUCUCACUGUGUCCAGGCCUACCCACUGGUGAGAGGCUACUGUGGGUCCUGGGAAGAGGGUGGACAGAGAGAAGUCUGAAUUGCCUGAGCAGGAUUUGUACAAAUGCAGACUCCAUGUCGGGCUCUCUUUCCCUUCUGUGGCUGGCGGCCAUGACCACCUCCUUGGUUUCCCAAGCUCAGAUCUUGACCCUGGAAGACUACCAGGAAGGGGAAGAGGAUGAUGUGACAUUAGCUACACCUUCCUUAGCUGUCCGUUGCGACUAUGACCGUUGUCGCCACCUGCAGGUGUCUUGCCAGGAGCUGCAGAAGGUUGGGCCGGUAGCCUGCCUGUGCCCAGGGCUCUCCAGGGAAGAUCAACAGCCAGAGCCUCCUCGCCUGGGAGAAGUGCAAAUAGUGGCUGAAGAAGGCUACGCAGUGGUUCACUGGUGUGCUCCCUUCUCACCAGUCAGCCACUACUGGCUUCUGCUUUGGGAGAGCAACGGGGCUCCACAGAAGAGUGCCCCUCUCAAUGCUACAGUUCGCAGAGCAGAGCUGAAGGGACUGAAGCCUGGGGUUGCUUAUGUCCUUUGUGUGGUGGCUGCUAAUGACGCAGGUGAGAGCAACGUUCCUGGGGCAGAUGUCGAGGGUCCUGAGAACUGGACUGGCCCUUCCUUCGGGCCCUGUCGCAAGCUUACCAUGCCGCCUAAGCCUGUUACCCUGGUCUAUGCAGCCGUGGGAGUGGGCACAGCCUUAGCUCUGCUGAGCUGUGCAGCCCUGGUCUGGCAUUUCUGCCUUCGUGAGCGGUGGGGUUGCCCCCGACGUCAAAGUAUUGCCCAAGCUUCAGAAGCUCUCUGAUGGGAGUGCCAUCGCCUGCAAACAACUCUGGUGCAGUCCAGCCUCAUCUGGAGAGCCCAACCCACUCCCAGGAGGACUGUGGGGCUUGCUGCCACCUGGUACCAGAAGCACAGCCAAGC